UGCUUUUUGUUCCUAAAUUUAAAAAUUUAAAAAUUUCUAUUUAUUAAAAAUUUUCUAAAAUCUCAAAUAUAUAUAAGCUCAAUUAAUCAUAAAAGAGAUUUCAUCGUUAAUAAAAUAAAAAUAAAUAAAAAUAAAAUCAAGAUGUUAGGUUGCCUUCGUCCUCGGAAUGAUGAUAUAUUAAGAUCACGCCGUUUAGAUCAAGAAUUACAUAAAAUGAAUCAAGAAUUUCAGAAUGCUAUUAAAAUAUUAUUAUUGGGUACAGCUGAAUCUGGUAAAACAACAAUUAUAAAACAAAUGAAAAUUUUACAUAUUAAUGGAUUUUCAGAUGAAGAAAGAAGAGAAAAAAUUUCUGAAAUCCGAUGGAAUAUAUUUGAGGCAAUUUAUGUAUUAGUACAACAAAUGAAUUUAUUAAAUUUAGAUUUCGAAUCAAAUAGUUGUAAGAAAAGUGCUAAUUAUAUAAUAGCUUUAGGUGAUAAACCAGAUAUUGAAGUAUUUUCAAAUGCUGAAUAUAAAGAUCAUAUUAUUAAUUUAUGGAAUAAUCAAAAUGUUAGAAAUUUUUUUAAAUAUCGAUCAAAUGAAUUACAUUUGAGUGAUAGCGCUAAAUAUUUUUUUGAUAAUUUCGAAAGAAUAUCUAGUCAAAGUUAUACACCAUCAACUGAUGAUAUAUUACAUAGCCGUAAAGUUACAACUGGUAUACAUCAAAUAAAAUUUAAAGUGAAAAUUCCGAAAGGAAUGGGAGGCGGUUAUCAAGAAUUUCGUAUGUUUGAUGUUGGUGGACAAAGAGAUCAACGUAAUAAAUGGAUUCAAGUUUUUGAAGGUAUACAAGCAGUAUUAUUUUUAAUAUCAUGUGGUGAUUUUGAUCAAGUACUUAGAGAAGAUAGUAAACAAAAUCGUUUAGUUGAAGCAUUAACAUUAUUUGAUCGUGUAUGGCAUAAUCGUUUUUUAUCAACAGCUGGUGUUAUCGUUUUCUUAAAUAAACAAGAUGUUAUGGAAAGAAAAAUUCGUGCUGGUAAACGUAUUGGUGAUUAUUUUCCAGAAUAUGAAGAAUUUCGUAAAUCACCAGGAAAAAAUGGAAAUUUUUUUGAUGAAUGUGAUUGGACGAAAAAUUUUAUUAAACAAAAAUUAAUUGAUAUAACAAAUCAGCCAUUAAGAAGACCAUCACGUCUUGGAUUAGAUGAUGUACCAAGAGAAUGUUAUUAUCAUUUUACAGUAGCAACAGAUACAAAUAAUAUAAGAAAAGUUUUUACAGAUGUACAUAAUAUGAUUUUAUCAGAGAAUUUGGCAUCAGUUGGACUUUUAUGA